AUGGUUCUCAACAUAGAAUAUCCUAUACAUCUGCGAGAAAGCCAGGUGAAUUUAGCUUCACUCCCUUUAAGAGUAGUUUCCAAGAUACAACCUAAAACACUCUACACAUACACACCUUUCAAGCUUGCUGUCAACUUACAUAUCCCGACCGCUAUAUGCUCUUUCGUGCCACGUACUCUGUUCCAGUGCAUUAUUGACGAUGAGACAGCCAGCGAGGAAGUCAAGAGGGAAGCCCAACAGCAGAUUGACGCCAUCACCGAGACUCUGACCGCAAACUCUGACGCCAAUAAUGUCGAGUCAAAAUUUAAGACUCGGCAUAUUGUACAGAACCUCAAAGGACUAUCUUUACGGACAAGACCAGGACGUCAACGUCUGCAUGGUCUGCAGCUCGAAGCCAACAUCCACUACUCAAUCCGAUACCGUAAUGCCAUCUGGGAACCGCAGUCGCAGCAGAUAGUGUUUGGUGACGACGAUAGCCACUCUCGUUUGGGACGCCAUCCUGAAUUCUUCAAGCCCGGGUCCAUGAUCAACAGCCUCGAUGUGAUCGCGUACGAGCUUACUCACGGCGUGACGCAGCACACAGCCAAGUCUGAGUAUAGAGGGCAGCCCGGCGCUCUUAACGAGCCCGUCUCUGACGUGUUUGGUUCCAUGGCGACGAGUCUGCGUUCUCUUAAAGGCCCCUCUUCAACUUCCAACAUGGAUCCGCAGCCAGACCAUGUGGCCCACAAGCUGUAUUAUAAAGGCAGAACCUGGUAUGAUGAUGGCGUGCAUCGAAACUCGGGAGUGCCUAACCAUGCCUUUUACAAAGUGGCCAUGCGGCUCGGUGGUCACUCGUGGGACAGAGCAGGCAAGAUUUUUUACGCGACGCUCACAAAUACGCGGAUGCAUUCGCAGGCGAGGUUUGUCGAGUUUGCAGAAGUGACGGUGAAUCAGGCUGUGGUGUUGUACCCGCAUGACCAAAUUAUAGCUGAAGCAGUAGAACCAGCCUGGAAAGAGGUUGGGGUUUUAUGA